AUGGCAGAUCUCAACUACCAGGGCGUGGUGGACGGCCAGCCGGGUCCAGCAUCAUCCGAUCAACAUGUUGCGGCAAGCAUCGCCCGCAUUAACUGGGAGUUUUUCCACCCACGACCUCUGCAGUCAUCGAACUGGCAUCGCAGACGUUUUGCCGAACGCUAUGUUGGCAGCGCGGCACGAGUAAUGGGCCGUGAGCUUCAGCAAGAGGAGAUUGAUGCCAUUGUAGACCACUUCAGCCGGGGCACCAGGGCCGAAAAGGUGUACAGCCUCCCGGCAUCUUUCGCCUGCACUUACUAUUUCUGGAACAGGGGUAUUAGCACUUACCGCUUCCCCUUCCUGGGUCCUCGCCCGGUACCGCGUUUCCUAGCAGCCCUGACCUCUCCCGUGGUCGCGCAUUGGAUGUGGCAGGCCGUCCGGCUCCUUUCCUAUGACCUACUGUGCGAUAUAGCCGUGGGCACGCCUGUGGGCAGGCUCGCCUUUAGCUAUGCGUCUGCAGGAUCGUUAAACGACCCUAGACUCGCCCAGCUGCGCCAGGAGCACGAGCGGCGACGUCAUGAGAUGCGCGACCAGCUCAUGCAGCAGGUCGCCCGCAGACGCCCCGGGGGCGCGGGUCCUGAUGGUUUGGGCGGCCCACAGAGGCCACGGGCUCUGCCCGACCAUGACAACGACUAUGCACAAGCCCCAGAGGAAAGCACCCAGUCUGACGGCUGGCAAUCGGCCGAGACCCAGUCGGCAGCCCAAACCGCGCCGGCCCAGACUCGUCCCAUGCGUCCGACCUGGCCGAGGGCUUCUCCUGCGCCGCCGCCGCCAUCUCAGCAACCACAGAGCUCCUUCGAUGAAGACGAUCCUUUUGAUGAUGCCUCGCCUGUGGCUCCUGACUGGAGAGACCAGCCUCCGCCGCAGCGCUCGUCGGGCCGUCCAGGGGAGUCGGCUUGGGACAGGCUAAGGAGGCAGGCGCAAUCGAAGGAUCAAAACCCGGCACAAUCGUCUUGGGAAGCCAGGCGGCAAACACCCGGCUCUCAAUCUCAGACGGAUCAAGACUGGACAUACAAAUCUGAUGAGGACUCACAAUCCGAGACGGAACGAGAAAGGGCGCAGAGAGAGUUUGAUGCAAUGCUGGAACGUGAGAGGCGGGCUGAGCAAAGUGGAAGACGUCGGUGA